UGACAUUUCACAUGCAUGUAAACAAUCAAACAUAACCAAACUUUUUAAGAAAUUUUUACUGGAGCAGUUUAAAAAACUGAAUUUAUUUGUAAAUACUAAAGAAAUUCUUCUUAAAAAACACAUAAAAUCAUGAAAGAAACUCCUCUUUCAAUAUCUGAAAAGAAUUUCGUUCUUCAAACUAUCAAAAACAAUCAGCGCCUCGAUGGACGAAAAAACGAAGAAUUUCGUCCAGCAAAAAUAAACUUUGGCACCGACUGGGGCAGUGUCCAUGUGUCAUUGGGUGAAACUCGUGUCUUGGCCCAAGUCAGUUGUGAAUUGGGUCAACCAAAAGCAACUCGUCCCAAUGAAGGCAUAAUGUAUAUAAAUGUCGAACUUGGUCCAAUGGCUGGGGUCAACUACGAAGCUGGACGCAAUUCAGAUCUUGGUGUACAAAUCAAUCGAACUCUUGAGAAGACAUUCAAAGAGUCACGUUGUGUUGAUUUGGAAUCACUUUGUGUCACUGCCGAAGAUCGUGUUUGGAUUCUUCGUUUGGACUUGAAUGUUCUAAAUCAUGCGGGGAAUCUUAUUGAUUGUUGUUCCAUCGCUGGUUUAUGUGCUUUGGCACAUUUUAAGCGUCCCGAUGUCUCGGUGAUGGAAGAAGAAGUCAAAAUACACACAGCUGCUGAAAAAGAACUCAUUCCAACAGUUCUUCAUCAUUAUCCUGUUUGUGUAUCAUAUUCAACCUUCAAUAAUGGAGAAAUUCCCGUAGCGGAUCCAACAGCAAUUGAAGAACGCACUGCUGAGUCUAGUGUGGCCUUUGGAAUCAACUCCUAUAGAGAAUUGUGUUGUCUGAAUCUAGGAGGAAGCACACUUACCAGUUCUCAUUUGCUCCUUCAAUGUUCCCAGAGAGCAGCUAAACGAGCAAAGUUGAUAGUAGAUCAGGUGAAGAAGGCCUUAGAAGAUGAUGCCAAGUGUCGUGAAGAGAAUAGACCUGUUGGAUUCACUGAAUGUUUGAGAUUGAAUAAAAUCACUGCCUUGGCCGAAGACCGACUGGCUUUGAAACUACGUCAUUUCAGUUUCCAAAAUAUUCAGGAUGAUCAUUUAAUGAAAGAUGAAAAUAUGAGUGACAAUGAGGAAGAUAAUAAAAAUGUUAUUUCUAUGGGUGAAAAUACUGGAAUUCUUAAUUCUAAUCAAGAAUCCAUCAAUUGGGUACCUGAAGGUGCAAAUGAUGAUUCAGAUAAUGAAUUUGAUUCAGAUGAUGAGGAUGAAGAUGACGAAAUGGAUGGUGUUAAUUUAGAACAUCAAGUUGAGAAUGCUUUGCAUAAUGUUAAUCAAAGAUUGAAUCAGCCAAUCAGUAAGAAGAAGAAUAUUCCACUGUUGAGUCAGAAAAAUUGGCAGCAACCUGAUGGAAGUGAUAGUGAAGAAGAAGAAACUAUUGUCUUGGAGUGAAGUUGUUAAUAAAUAUUUUUGUAUUAAUUAAAAAAGAAAGUAUUUUUUUAUAUUCAAUUUACAUCAUAGGAACUUAUUUAUAUUUAACAAAAGUAAACUUAUGAAGUUGGA